GUACCCCACAUACAUCAUAGCAUCUCUUAGCAAAUCAUCACACACCUUGGGAAAAUCAUAAACAACUCUAAAACAUGAUUAGCACAUUCACUGGUGGGAACAAGUUUGGAAAGGGUGAUUGUUUAGUACAAGAUGGGGAUUCAUUUAAACUGAUUAGCUUAGGCCCUGAGGGGAGUUUGUGCUGAACUAAAUGAUUUUCCAAAUUGUUAUAAACCACCAUAAACUACUGGAAGGGCCAUCUGGAAUCCCAGGUAUUUUCCCUGUCUCAUGCUGAUUGUUGGCUGCUAGGGGUUGCUAUGGAUCCCCACCUUGUCUGACUGAAUCAGGGACACCAGGCACAGCAGAUCUCUCCUGUUACUUGUAGAUAAACAACUCAGCAGGAUGGGUAUAUGCCUAGGAGUGCUCUGGGUGUCUUUCCAAAGACAAGGGUCAUGCCCUCUUCCUUGGACAGUCUUUGCUCUGAGGUAGAGGCUGGUUUCUCACCUUGUAUCUUUUGUUUUCUAUGUAUUGUUUUUAUCUGUAGCUGGACACAAUACCUUUAUUUCACUUAUUUAUUUUUAUGUGGUACUGAGGAUUGAACCCAGGGUUUUGCACAUGGUAGGUGAGAACUCUACUACUUAGCCACAAUCCCAGCCCCUUUUGUGUUGUUUUUAUUGGGCAUUUUUACUUUAGGGGGUUUCUUCCCAGUUCAAAGUUCAAUCUGUCACCUACAAACAUCAGAGAUCAAAAAAAUUAAAUAAAAUUUGAUAGUUAUUGUCGUUAUUUUAUAUUAAUUCCUGAAUAAUAUACAAGCAUAUAUAAUCAAUAAACUGAAAUGACCUUAUAACUGAGAUUAAAUGAAAAUGUUCUGUUGUUUGGGUUAGUUCCCACUUAUGGAAAAAAACCUUGCCUUAAAAUAACAGCAGCCUGAGACUCUGGGGUACAUUUCUCAGAUUAAAAAAAAGCAGCACUCAACGACCUGAGAUUCUAGCCCUUAUUCAUUUCUUGAUUGAAUAAUAUUCCCUAAAAAGGGCUCACUUCUCUAAGUUUCAGUGUUCAUGAUCUGAAGCCCCUUUCAAUCAAAAGCAUUUUGUGGGAACUGUCCAAUCCUGUGUGUCAUCAGGGGGGAGCAGGGUGGGCUUUCACUUCUUAUCUCCUGAGUCCUUCUUUUUUGCCAUUUGUAGUCUUACACUUCAGGGUCACGGGUUGUUCUGCUUUGAAGGAACUGAGGAUCCCAAGUAGCCCUACUACUGAAAACCAGGCAAUGAUACUGUUAACAUUCAGGGAUAUAGCCAUUGAUUUUACUGAAGAGGAGUGGGAAUGCCUUCAGCCUGCUCAGAAAAACUUAUAUAAAGAUGUGAUGUUAGAGAACUAUAGAAACUUUACCUUCCUUGCCCUGAAUUCUCAAGAUACCCAAGAAUAUUCACCAGAAAAGGGCAUAAAACAUAUAUUUCACAAAGUGAUAAUUGGAAAAUAUAGAGGGUGUAAUAUUGACUAUUUACAACAAAAGAAAUUAUGGAAAACUUCAAGUGAGAGUAAACACCAGAAAUCAUAUAAUAAUUCAGAACUUGUGCACCACCAUAGAAUUUAUACUGGAGAGAAGCCCUACAAAUGCAAAGAAUGUGGCAAAGCUUUUAGUCAAAAGAUAGACCUUAUUCGCCACAGAAGAACUCACACUGGUGAGAAGCCCUACAAAUGCAAAGAAUGUGGCAAAGCUUUCAGUCAAAAAUCACACCUUAUUGGCCAUAGAAGAACUCACACUGGAGAGAAGCCCUGCAAAUGUAAAGAAUGUGGAAAAGCUUUCAGUCAAAAAACAGACCUUAUUUACCACACCAGAACACACACUGGAGAUAAGCCCUACAAAUGUAAAGAAUGUGGCAAAGCUUUCAGUCAAAAAUCAAAACUUAUUUGCCACAGAAGGACUCACACUGGAGAGAAGCCCUACAAAUGUGAAGAAUGCAGCAAAUCUUUCAGUCAAAAAUCAAACCUUAUUUGCCACAGAAGAACUCACACUGGGGAGAAGCCCUACAAAUGUAAAGAAUGUGGAAAAGCAUUCAGUCAAAAAACAGACCUUAUUUACCACACCAGAAUUCACACUGGAGAGAAGCCCCACAAAUGCAAAGAAUGUGGCAAAGCUUUCAGUCAAAAAUCAAAUCUUAUUUGCCACAGCAGAACUCACACUGGAGAGAAGCCCUACAAAUGCAAAGAAUGUGGCAAAGCUUUCAGUCAAAAAUCAAAACUUAUUUGCCACAGAAGAACUCACACUGGAGAGAAGCCCUACAAAUGUGAAGAAUGCAGCAAAGCUUUCAGUCGAAAAUCAUAUUUUAUUUGCCACAGGAGAACUCACACUGGAGAGAAGCCCUACAAAUGUAAAGAAUGUGGAAAAGCUUUUAGCCAUAAAACAGGCCUUAUUCACCACAGAAGAAUUCACACUGGAGAGAAGCCCUACAAAUGUCAAGAAUGUAGCAAAGCUUUCAGUCAAACCUCAAACCUUAUUUGCCACAGAAGAACUCACUGGAGAGAAGCCCUACAAAUGUAAAGAAUGCAGCAAAGCUUUCAGUCAAAAAAUCACAUUUUAUUUGCCACAGAAGAACUCACACUAGAGAGAAGCCUCACAAAUGAAAAAGUAUGUGACAAAGGUUUUACUCAAAUAUCAACGCUAAUUUGCCACAACAUAAUUCAUACUGGAGAAAAUCCCUACAAAUAUAAGAAUGUGGCAAGGCUUUUAGCCAUAAAACAGGCCUUAUUCACCACAGCAGAAUUCACACUGGAGAAUAGCCCUACAAAUGUGCAUAAGUGGCAAAACUUUUAAUAAAAAAUAAAACUUUAUUCACCACAGCAGAAGACACCCUGGUGAAUGUGAAAUGUAAAUAAAGUGACAAUACUUUUAAAGAAAAACUAACCCUCAUUAACAACAGAAUUUAUGCAGAAAAGGACCUGUACAAAUGAAAACAAUGUAUCAAAGCUUUUAAUAAGAAAUCAAUUCUUUUUCACCACUCAGCUAUUUAUUCUAGAAAGAACACAUAAAUAUAGAGAAUGUAGAAACUUUUUAAAUUAUAUAUCAUGCAUUACUAGACAUCAGAGAAAACACAUUGGAGAGAAGCCUUACAAAUGAGACCAUCGUACCAUUCCUCUAAGAAAGAGUCGAAAUCUAAUACUCACCACAAUAAUCAUAGAAGAGACAAAGUUUUGAAAUGUGAAAAUUGACAAUGUGACAAUGCCUCCAAAAUUUAUUCACCAAUACUCAGCAUUCAAUACUGGUUAAAGAAAAUACAAAUGGAAAAAAAUACAUGUCAUAACUAAAUGUUUCUUAAACACUACUGAUUUUUGGAGAAUUCAUUAUGCCCAGAAACCCUAAAAAGUUAAAUAAUAUUUUGAAAACUUAUUUAAAUUUUAAAUUUAUUGAACAUCUGAAAACUCAUACCAGUAGUGAACAUUGAACAGAUUUUGUCCAAAAUGUAUGCCUUUUAUAAAAAUGAAUAAUUUAUAAUAAACACUUUGACAAAUGUGA